CGCGCGCGCAGAAUGGCAGAAGGGCGUAUAGCAUCAAAAAGACCAAAACAUAAAUCCGAUACAAAAUUCGACCCAAUUAAUGACGCCACACGUUAAUAGUUAUUAUUCAAGGAUUUUUCUUUCAUGACUAAACAUAGUGCUUGUUUACAGAGGUGUACGGGCAUGCCUCGGAAAAACGAACCCUGAAGCGCAAGCUGCCGCAGCGUAGUGUCGUUGAGAAGUGGAGCAUCCACCCCGAAGAUGACGGGGAGCGUGUGAGGGUGAUUGUUUGGAAUCUUCAACUAUAUUUCUGGAGAUCAUUUCUGUCGUUACUGGUCACAGGAUGACGAGAAUGGGCUACGCGGAUCCAACGGCUGGUCGAGACCUGCUGGGGAGUCGCUCCCUCUGUUUCAUCUUCAUUUGUGCCUUCGCCGUGGUAACACUGGUGCAGCAGAUCCUUUACGGGAAGAACUACGUCAAAAGUGGGCAACAGUUUAGCCGACUGCACGGAGAUGAGGCAGGCAACUGGAGCGGAUUAAACCUGCCAGACGACUCUCCACUGAGGCCUGCCAGAUAUGGGAGGAGAAGGUUUCUGGAGGCCUCGCAUGGGGUUUUGGAGUUCAAUUCCACAUCGUGUCAAAUGCUGAGGAAGGAAAUCCUGGAUGUGAAGGUCCUCACUAUGGUGAAGACCUCAGAGUUGUUUGAGAGAUGGAGAAAUAUACAGGUAUGCAGGUGGGAGCAGAACAAGGAAGAGACCAACAAAUUCAAGAUGUCGUUGUCCCAGUGCUGUAAUGCACCCUCCUUCCUGUUCACCACUAAGCGCAACACGCCGUCAGGCACCAAGCUGCGCUAUGAGGUCGACACUAGCGGAGUCCUGCACAUCAGCCCAGAGAUAUUUAAAAUGUUCCCUGAUGACAUGCCUUACUCAAGAUCAGAGUUUAAGCGCUGUGCCGUCAUUGGGAAUGGAGGCAUCAGCAGAAACAGCAAAUGUGGAAAAGAGAUAGACUCAGCUGACUUUGUGUUCCGGUGCAACAUUCCACCCAUCUCUGAUAAAUACUCGGGCGAUGUGGGAUCUAAGACUGACUUUGUCACCAUCAACCCAAGUAUCAUCACAGAGAGGUUCCAGAAGUUAGAGAAAUGGCGCAAGCCCUUCUACGACGUCCUGCAGUCGUACGAGAACGCCUCCGUCGUGCUGCCGGCCUUCUACAACACGCGCAACACCGACGUCUCCUUCCGCGUCAAGUACGUGCUGGACGACUUCAGCUCGCCGCGCGGCGUCUACUUCUUCCACCCGCAGUACCUGCUCAACGUCCAGCGCUUCUGGUCGCUGCAGGGCGUGCGCGCCAAGCGCCUGAGCAGCGGCCUGAUGCUGGUGACCGCCGCCAUGGAGCUGUGCGAGGAGGUGCACCUGUACGGCUUCUGGGCCUUCCCCAUGAACCCGGCGGGCGUCUUCAUCACGCACCACUACUACGACAACGUCAAGCCGCGGCCGGGCUUCCACGCCAUGCCGCACGAGAUCUUCAACUUCCUGCACAUGCACACGCGCGGCAUCCUGCACCUGCACACGCAGCCCUGCAGCUGAUCGCCCGAAACACUGUGGGGCAGCGAUGGGGCAGCGUGGGCACUCACACACACACACACACACACACACACACACAUACACACACACACACACACACACACACACAUGUAAAAACACACACAAUACGCAUGCACUUACAGGUAAACAUACACUCUGUAUUAAACACAGGGAAUCAUCAGCAGCAUUCACACACAAAACAAGGCAGGUUCACACACACACACACACACACACACACACACACACACACACACACACACACACACACACAAAUACAUACACGCAUACAACACAGACACACUUAGAGCUACUGUAGUCAGGAGCAAGUACACUGGAGUGCAUUAUAAUCACUAUAGCUACUGUUUUUGAUCCAUUCAGGCAAACAGGCAGGGUUCUCUGCCUGUUUGCCUAUGCAUAGGGACCAGCUGAUAUGAUACUUCUUCACACACACACGCACUCACACACACACACACACACACAUACACACACACACACAGUUCCACAACCUACACUCGUCCGCACACAAAAAACACAGACACAAAUAAAAGUUACUCUCAAUGGUUUAUACGUGCAUAUAUUUUAUUCUUACUUCUUUCUCUUGUUUCCUUUCCUUCUUUCAUACACACACACACAGCACACACACAGCACAAUAGUGUGUUGAUUUCUUCAUUGCGUCAGUAAUAAACUCGUACCAGUAGGGGGGAGUAUAGCGUCGCUCCCCCUCAAGAGCCGGUUUUUUUUUCUUUCUUUUUUUGUUGACUUCUCGCCCAGCCCCCAUACAUUGUCAUUCAUGUAUGUGAUUGUCUUUACAUCUGAAACCACUCUAAUGAGCGGUGCUACACACAUCGACAGUGCCUCCCUCCUCACACUUCUCCCUCUCUUUGUCCUCCAUUUUGUCCUCCAUUCCUCCAUCCCCUUCAACCUCUCAUCCCGUUGCCGUGGCAAUCCCCGGCGCUGCCAAGUCUACGGCUCAGAGUUGCUGCUGCGCUGUGCAGACUUUUGUGUACCUACUUUUUAACCUCUGAUACUCUUUGUACAAAAGGAAAAAGCAAGACAAAAAAGCACACACAAAAAAAAACAUCAAUGUGAUUGGCUCACUGGCAGUCCUGCCCUGUGAUUGUGAAGACUGUUAAGUGUUUCAGUGAUGUGGUGUCCUCUGUGGCUAUACAGCAGAUUUUAACUUUUACAGUUUCAGUCCACACACACUCAUACACACACACACACAUACACACACACACACACACACACACAUAUGCAUACACAUAUACACAAACACACACACAGACAUGAAUACACAUACACAUAAACACACACACCCUUAUCAUGUACGUAAACAUAAGUACCGUAUGGAUUGUGGUAGGGGCAUUUUUUAUUUCUCUGUAAAUAGCUUUUGAUGUGAAUAUUAUGAUGUUCUUUCUUAUGAUCAUCUUUGUUCAUUGCAAACUGUGUUGUGUGUGUUUGGGCGUAUGGAACUAUGUGUGCAAGAAAGACAUUUGUUAUACAGUAUCUCCAGUGUUUGUUUUCACAACAAAUGAUCUUUUCAAAUAUGUAUGAUGUUAAUUUCAUUAGAGGAGCACACACACACAUUCUAAAUGGAGGGGUCUCUCUUUCUCAUUCUCUCUCUUUUCCCCCCAAUCUUUCUACCUCUUUAAAUCCUUCCGUUAUCUUCCUCCUGACUGUCUCUCUAUCCCUCCCUCCUUAGCCUUGCUGCCUUGUCUGCUCUGCUCCAUUGCCUCAACUGUGACUUUUUUUGUUUUUUUGCCUUGGAAAGCUACACACUUCAAAGGCCACAUACAUGUACACUUACUGGGGCACACGGAUACAUGCACACCCCUGCGUGUGCAGCAAUUCCUUACACACACACACACACACACACAUGCACGCGCAUGCAUACAAACAUACAAACAUAUUUGCGUACAUGGAGCAAUUGCUCUGUCGCUAGUUUGGAGUUUAACACGGUUUUAUACUCCACAACUCCAGUUUAAAACCGUGUUAAACUCCAAACUAGCUGCAGAGCAAUUGCCCCCAUAUGUCUGCAAACUCUUAUGUGCCCAUGUGCUGUUGGCCACACCCUUCCAGACUCACACACACGUAUGCAGACCCCCUCACAUGUGACCGCAUGUGAGUGGACGCCCUGUCACGCCCUCUAUAUGCAUGCGUAAACAUGCUCGGACGUCCAUGCGAGGUGUACGUUUCUGUAAUUGCUUGUUUAACGUUACUGUCUCAGCUUUAAAUCAUUAGUCAAUGCACUGUAUGUACUCUGUCAGUCCUAGCAUGGGAGUCUGUGUGUGUGCGCGCGUGCGCAUGUGUGUGUGUGUGUGUGUGUGUAUGUGAGAGAGAGAGAGAGAGAGCAUGCAUGUCCUUAAUUGCGCGACUGCAUGUGUGUGCAUGUGUGUGUGUGUUUGGGUAUGAGUGUAUGUAUUUGUGUGUGUGGGUCUGUUUGUAUUCUCUCAUUCUUUGAGACAUAAACAACCACAGACACACAAACACACACACACACACACACUCGUCUGGUGUGGAUGUCACAUGUGGUGAUUAAUAAUUGAUUGACUGCAGAGGUGAAUCACUGUUAAUAUGAUAGUGAAGAUUGCAUCUGCCUCCCCCCAUUCACUCCACACACAGCCCUGCAAUGCGAGUUACCUUCACAGUAGCACAUUUAUCAGUGAAGCAUAAAUGUCUAUACCUUUGCAUUUGAUGAAUACAUUGUAUGGUACAGUACAUAUGAAAUGUAUUCAUUCUGCGUCUGAGUGCACCCUGGAAACACAUCUUCCAAAGAGAGACGAGACUGGAAGUUACUGGAGAGAGGUGUGAGACUGUUGGAGGUUUUUUGGGGAUGGAUGGAUGGCAUGACCAAGAGGCAUUUUGUUGCUGUGUGUGAAUAAAGGCUAUAAAUGAA